AUGGGCCACAAGCCCAACACUGAAACUCCGGCAGCCGCUCAACACCAGAGUCUCCUUCAACAAAUCACCGGCAGCGUAAGCGUUGCUUCCGAUUCACUGGUCUAUAGCUACAAAAGGAGCUUCAAUGGCUUCGCUGCCAGGUUGACCGAGGCCGAGAAAGAUAAGCUCUCCGGAUAUGAAGGGAUAGUUUCAGUUUUCCCUAGUCAGAUUAGAAAACUCCACACGACGAGAUCAUGGGAUUUCCUGGGUUUCCCCCAGAAUGUCAAAAGGGCAACUGUGGAGAGCGACAUAAUCAUUGGGAUGCUCGACACCGGUGUUUGGCCCGAGUCGCAGAGCUUCGACGAUUAUGGCUACGGCCCACUUCCACAGAAGUGGAAAGGUGUCUGCCAAAGCUCUUCCAAUUUCACCUGCAAUAAAAAGAUCAUUGGAGCCAAAUACUAUCAUGGUGGACGCAAUUUCAGUGAAGAUGAAAUUGCCUCCCCCAGGGAUUCUGAGGGUCAUGGAAGUCACACUGCAUCCACAGCAGCAGGGAAUAUAGUAACUCCAGCUAGCCUCCUUGGCCUUGCUUCCGGGACUGCCCGAGGAGGGGUUCCCUCUGCCCGAAUUGCUGUCUACAAGAUUUGCUGGGAAGAUGGCUGUUGGGAUGUCGACAUUUUAGCAGCAUUCGAUGAUGCCAUUGCUGAUGGAGUCGACAUAAUCUCCCUCUCGGUUGGUGGUUCGCCACAAGAUUAUUUUGAAGACACUAUAGCUAUUGGGGCUUUCCAUUCCAUGAAGAAUGGGAUUCUCACAUCCAAUUCAGCUGGUAAUGAAGGCCCUUCUCCUGGAUCGGUUUCGAAUUGCUCUCCUUGGUCGCUCUCUGUGGGUGCUAGCACCAUUGACAGAAAGUUCACAACUGGGGUCAGGUUGGGUAAUGGAAGAACUUAUCAGGGGAUCUCUUUAAACACUUUUGCGCCCACUAAGGUGUAUCCUCUUAUCUAUGGUGGAGAUGCGACGAAUACAACACCAGGACAUUCAAUUGGGUCAAGGUAUUGUGAUCCAAACAGCUUGGAUAGGAAUUUGGUGCAAGGGAAAAUUGUGCAUUGUGAUGAUGUUAGUGCAGGGGAGGAACAAAUUGCAGCGGGUGCAACUGGGGCCAUAAUGACGACUACUGGUAUUGAAGAUAAUGCAUAUGCCUUACUUUUACCUGUGUCCAUCUUGACCGAUGAUGAAGGAGUCACCAUUGUGGAGUACAUAAACUCAACUAGUGAUCCAACUGCACAAAUAUUCACGACACAUGACUUUGUGGAUAAUUCAUCAGCAUAUGUGAUCUACUUUUCUUCAAGAGGGCCAAACCCAAUAACAACAGACAUUCUCAAGCCUGACCUUACAGCACCUGGAGUUGAUAUCCUGGCAGCAUGGUCCCAAGCUACAACUGUGACAGGUCUUCCUGGGGACGACAGGGUUGUCCCAUACAACAUAAUCUCUGGUACUUCCAUGUCCUGCCCCCAUGCCUCUGCAGCAGCAGCUUAUGUUAAGUCAUUCCACCCUACAUGGUCCCCGGCAGCCAUUAAGUCUGCUCUAAUGACGACCGCUCAUCCCAUAAGUGUUCCAGACGUGCCUGAUGCUGAGUUUGGAUAUGGAUCAGGCCAAAUUAAUCCUUCGAGGGCCAUGGAUCCUGGACUAGUAUAUGAUGCUGGAGAGAUUGACUAUGUUCAAAUGUUGUGUGGCCAAGGAUACAACAGUACACAACUGCGACUUGUCACAGGAGAUCAGAGCUCUUGUAGUUCUACAACUACUAAUGGAACCGCAGUGUGGGAUCUAAACUACCCUUCAUUUGCUCUGUCAUCAAAGAAGCCCAAGGCUAAUGUUACUCGGGUGUUCCACAGAACUGUCACAAAUGUUGGGUAUGCGCCAUCUAACUACACGGCCUUAGUGCGUGCUGAAGUGGGCUUUGAUACGAUCAGAGUUGAACCAAAUGUACUUACGUUCAAGAACAUUGGGGAGAAGCAGUCCUUCAUUGUGACGGUCACGGCUGUGCUGGGAAGAACCAUGUUGUCUGGUUCUUUGAUUUGGAGUGAUGGUAUCCAUUCUGUGAGGAGUCCUAUUGUCGCAUUUGUGGCACCUCAAGAACAUAACUGA